AUGAAUGGGUUCAUAGUGGAGAAGAAGCUUUUAAUUUCAGAACUUCUACUCGCAAUUCAACGGCACCUAGCACAUGGACCGUGCCAGAGAGCUGCCGAAGUUCUACGAAAUGAAAUCGAACGGUUGAGCGUACGUUGGCUGAUUUAUAUAUUGGUACCGCAACGGUAUGAUUACAGAGGUGUUGCACAUAGGCAGUCAGUCAUGGAUUAUGAACGGCAAGUCUCGGGCAAUCAACCGUCACUAGUCUCAAUAAUCGAACGGCUGAGUGCGCUUCAAAAUCGACUGCUUCCACCACCGCUCUUAUCCCUGCCACUUCGCAUUUUCAACAGUCGUCGACUUGCGCUCGAUCGAACUGAAGAAUCAGUGCGUAAUAUAGCGCGUGUUCGUGAUGCGGUGAACCCGAGGGCUUGCGAACCGUUGGAUCGAUUGGAUAGACUACAACUGUUAGGGGUUCGUGAGUUGGGAAGACGUCUACCGAGACGACACAUGCUCCAUAAGAAUUCAAUGCAGUCACUCGAAUUACAUUGCCGUAUAUUGGGACAUUUAUCGUCAGUUUUUUGCGUUGCAUUCGAUCGAACAGGACGUUUCAUUAUAACGGGCGCAGACGAUAAUUUGGUGAAAAUUUGGUCGGCAACAAGUGGUUUACUUCGUUUCACGUUGAGAGGCCAUUCAGGCGAGAUAACCGAUAUGACGGUAUCUGAUGAUAACGUGUUACUUGCGACUGGAUCAGUUGAUAAGACUGUUAGGAUAUGGUGUCUUCAAACGGCAGCUUGUUUACGCAUCUUUCGAAGUCAUACGGCGAUGGUGACUUUGAUUUCGUUUCUACCUUUCGUUGACGGUGAUACUCGUUACUUGAUCUCAACCGGACGUGAUUGUGUCGUCAACUUUUAUCGUUACACCGCGAGCGAUCAUAUUUUUGAGAAUCAUCCUUUGGUGUUCCACGAGCGAACAUCAACGGGUUCGAGGGUGAUCAGUUCGUGUCACAGUCCUGGUGGUAAUCUGGUGGUUGUGGGUGACACGCAUCAUUUCAUACGCAUUUAUCGAGUGUUCAAGGACGGUGUCGAUAAAGUUUUGCAGAUCCAAGGACAUACGGAUAAGGUUGAUAGUCUGGUAUGGGCACACAGUGGUAUUCGUUUUGCUAGUGGAAGUCAUGAUGGAUUGGCGAAGGUGUGGAAGUUUGAAUGCAACGAAUGGACGGCAGUUGUGCUUGAUGCUAAAAUGAGAGAUGAACAACGGCCAGCGUCGAAUGCAAAGAACGCUUAUAAAGUGACGAUGCUGUGUUGGAGUCUAGAGGAUGACUAUGCGAUAACGUCUGGAUCUGAUCAUACGCUGCGAGUUUGGAACCCGAACACUGGGCAAGAAAUACGACAGCUGGUUGGGCAUAAAGAUGAAGCGUUUGUGCUGACAGCACAUCCGAUAUUCAGAGAAUACAUACUGAGUGCGGGACAUGACGGAUUUCUAUUGGUAUGGAAUGUGUUCAAUGGCACUUUGGUGAAACGAUAUCAGAAUCAAGUGGAUACUCGCGGUAAUUUGCCGUUAUUUGAUGUGGCCAUUUCAACAGAUGGAACGCUGGUGGGCGCAGUUGACUCGCACGGUCAUUUGAGCAUAUUGGGUGUGGGCACAAAUCAGCGAGCGAAAACAAUGCCAAAGGAGCAGUUCUUCCAUACAGAUUACAUUAGCGUUAUAUCGGAUCUGGAGAGCGGGUUCACGAUCGAUGAAGAACUCGAAGUGGCAACACACUUGUUACCGCCACCGAAUUUCGUGAAUGCUGAUGGAAUGGUGUAUCCGACCGAAAUCCAACGACUCGUGCCCGGAAGAGAAGGGUUCGACCCGGAACAUCCUGAGCAAGCGAUGGAGCCGAUUUGGCUGAAUCGCUGCAUGGUUGAUCGAUUGCCGCCAUCAACUAUCGACAUAAUGAAUGCCCAACUAACUGAGUUGAGGGAGUCGGAGGCACAGGCGAUCGAACGUGAACUGAAACGUGUUCAGUCGGUUGUGAGGAUCAACGAUGAGCGAUUGCCACAGUGCACAUCUAAAUCAGCACCAGCCGCCCGUAAGAAAGGACAAGGUGAUUCUCGAGCGCAUGUAAAGAAGAGUUGUGCAGCAGCAGGUCAAGAGCAGUCGUCACGGCCGUUAUCAAUCGAUGAUAUCGAUGAAGUGUUGUCAGCAGAUUCGAGUGAAGAUUCGACGUUCACGUCGACAGGACACGACGACGAGGAGAGCGAUGAGGAUGAGGACGACGUGGUGGUGAGCGACGACGAUGACGAUGAGGAUGACUUCUGUGAGACGUCCGACAACUCGAGUGAUAGCGAUUAUUGCGCUGAACGAACUCGUGCCGAUCACACUCGGUCUCGUCGAAGAGGUGACGAUAACGAGCCAGGGCCGAGUGGUCUGCAAAGAGGUGGCAAUACCCGUAAUUCGAGUAGGCAGCGGCAGAGAGGAAAUCGCAACAGUGAAGUGAGAACAAGACGGAGAGUUGUGAUAAGUAGCGAGGAAGACGAUGACGACGCAGCAACAUCGUCGCACUUAGAGGAUCAGCCGGGUCCAUCCGGAUCGUCCAGAAGCGGACAGGCAAGAGCCACUCGCACAGCUGAGAGGGCAGCAAACAAUCGUUCAUCGCGUAAAAGACGCAUUCGUAAUGAGCACAGCGCCAACAGCGGCGGUACCACUUCGUCACGUGGAAAUCGUGCUUCAUCAAGCGAUAUCCUAACGCCUUCAACACCUCUAUCACCGAUUCGAGAAGAGGAAUGCGAGUUGGUGGCUGAUGACGGCGAUCCGAGUACAUCGUCAUCUGUCAACCAGAUGCUAACAGCGAAGCAGUCCGAAAAAGAUGUUCGUCGUGGUGGUACAAUCAGACAACGACGCGUAACGACAGCAAUGCGAAUGGUUGAAUUUCCGACGUGGAUGCGGCUUGUGCAACCGAUGAAGUUUCCAUAUAUUGCGCAGUUGGACGAUGAAGUUGUGUACUUCCGUCAAGGUCAUGAAUUGUAUCUGCAAUCUGUUGAGCAGCAUAAUCUGUAUACUGUAACACCUCGUAUGCAGCCACUUGCCGAGUUGGACGCUGAGGAAUUUUGUGUAGUUGAUGAGGUGAAAUAUGUGCGAAGGCCAUUCAGACUUACAAUGGUACGAUUGGCGCGAAUUGAUGAUAACGGUGUUCGUACUGGACUUGUCUUCUCGGUUAGAUAUCACGAUAUGGAAAAUGUACCGGAUUUUAUCAUACUACGACAUUUAUACAACGAAUCUGUAUCGAGGCGCUACCAACUGGGCGAUCGUAUCGAGACAAUUCUGGAUAAUCAUUGGUGGACGGGAACUGUGGAUAAGAAGGAGGCACAUGAUGAGGAGAGUUAUCCAAGGUCGAACUGGUAUUGCUUGACGGUGAAGUGGGAUACGGGUGAAGACGAAAAGAUGAGUCCGUGGGAUGUGCAGCCAAUCCAGCCGAACAGACGAUCGGGAAUGGCAACCGAGGCUGAGCAACUGCAGUUCUCAGCGUAUCCGUUUGUGGACUUCGAGUGGAUCGGUGCUGUCACGGGUGUAGAGGCUUGCUGCAAUCGUCUGCUGACUGCACUCGAGCAGCUCGACGGUGAACCCGACGUGCGGCCAUUCGCCGCGCCAGUUAAUCUGGAAGAGUAUCCGGAAUAUUCGUGGAAUGUCGACUACCCGAUUGAUUUGCAAACAAUUGAGCAACGUGUAAGAAAUAAAUUCUACAGGCGAUUGCGAAGCUGUGAGCAAGAUAUUCGCUAUAUUGCCAUCAACGCAAGUAUGUUCAAUGAGCGCGGUAGUAUAAUUGUGCACAAUUCGAGGGUUUUGGUCGAAACGCUGAUUCGUUAUCUAAGGGAUACGAAAUACAACGACGCGCGCGCAUUAUUCAAUGAACUGAAAGUGGCGCCCGAAAGUGAGUUGAUCGAAUAUAAUCGUCGACAGCGACUUCAUUAUGGGACAACCGAGAAGGGUCAUAGCAGGGCAAUGCUCACGAAUGGAACUGCUCAAGGGUGCAGUGGUGGGUCGGCGAUGAGUGACGGUGUUGGUGUGAGUUUGUUGAGUGAAUGUGGACCAGAAUGGGUGGCUGAAGCAAUGCGCAUUGUUGGGCAACUCCUCGAUCACACCUCAGCAUCGCAUUUUUUGGGUUUGAACGACGAGUUAUCAGAAGUGUACAAGGAUGGCUGUGAUGAUCUGCAAACAAUUCAGCAAAAACUUCGCAGUAACGAAUACGCCUCUCCGAUGGAGCUGAAAAGUGCCGUCGAAAGACUCAUGCAAACAUGUCGGAGUACAGUUGAUAAUAAGAGAUCACCGAUCUAUCAGAAUAGUUUAACGUUUUUGGGUCUUUUCAAUAACAGCAUCGCUCCAGUAUUAGCCAAGUGGCAACGUAUGCAGCAACGCAGCCAAUCGCUUGACGAAAAUGCUGCGGACAGCAGUGGACGAAACCUGAGGCAUAGACCACCAAAAUCAACCACAAACUCGCAUAUUUACAAUACAAGGAGCCGGCAUGAACACGGCACAAUGCAGGAUGCGGAUAAUCCUUCGGUGGUAACAACUUUGAAUCACCAGUCUCGUUCAUUCCGUCCGCCAAAUGGAUACUAUCGUAAUCUAAAUAAUGGACUGUUCGCUCAGCGCUCAACAGGACCAUCGGAUUUAAAGACGAAAAUGGAGCCGAUCUUAUCUGACGAAACAGAGAAUGAUUACGAUAAGCAUGUUGAUGAAGUGAACCCGCCAGGUUGUGCCAGGGUAAAAAGUUGUGCGUCGUCUUCGGAUGAAAGUUACCGUGUGGAUGGGGAGGGUGUGGGAAGAGAACAUCGGGAAGAAGAGAACAUGAAAGAUGGACAGCUACAAGAGCGACAAGAAGUAGAAGAUUCAAACUUUUAUCCGGAUACAACAGCUGACAUUACUCGCGAUUCAAGUACGGCAUCGAACAGUCCUUGUGGGUAUCGAAGAAGCUCAAGGAGUCUGAAGAUGAAUCAGUUCGAGCAUGUGCUCAGCACAUUCUUCAUUGUUUCUUGUUUAUUCAUUUUUAGAACGAGAAAGCGUCCAACUUUCUAUGUAAGCGAACCAGAUGAUGAGACGAGUCGCGAUAGUGUGGCAAGUAGUUCGAAUUGUCGUAAACGUAAGAAUACGAGACGUACAAAACAGCAACAGUCAUCAGCAGCAAGAAAUGCAAGUCUAGCGAAUGGUAAUCGAACGAGCUCAAACGAUGCCAUUGAACCAUCCACAUCAAGAUCUCAUAAUAAUCGGCGUAAUAUCUCGCGUCGUAAGCGAUUGUAUCCAGUCGGCGAGGAAGAAGAGCACCUAUUGAAUGGAGCGGGUGAAAGCGAAAAUGACGGUAGCGCUGAAGUGGAAGAACCGGCUAGCUCGAGGGAUGGAGCCACGUCCAGAAAACGAUUGAGACCCCGAGCGGCCACAAAGGCGAUCAACUACUGUGAAGAGAAAGACGAGAACGAUUCGGAUGAUAGCGAAGAAAAGAUCGUCUAUACGACGAGUGUUAGUGCGAGAGGACGUGUUCGGAGACAUAAAGCAUACAGCUGA